AGCAUAAUUUUCAAUAUGUAUCUAUCUUCUUUCAUCACAUUUCCCGUAAUGACACCAAAGUAUAAUAAUGUACAAGUCUUAGAUACAGCAUAACCCGAAUUUUACCUAUAACUAAAUGAACAUCUUCCCAAAAUUUUGUAAUCUUGGGACAGAACCAGAACACAUGGGAAUGAUUCACAUUUACCUCUCCACAGCUCCUCCAACACGGUUGUGGUAAUGAAGUAUGUUUGUUCUUAAUUUUGGGUGUUAUAAAAAAUCUAAUUACAUUUUUCCAGCAGUGCAGUAUCCAGGCACGUGAUGAUGUUGUUGACUGCUGUAUUUUCCAGGUUUGUGACCAUUCCUCAUCAGAUAUGUUCACUCCCAACUCUCUCUGCCACUUCAGUUUUACAUAUGUUGUUGUACACCCUCUUGCCUCCAUUAUAUGCUCGUAAAUUGUAGAGAUUAUUCUAAUUUUUUUUGCUUUGUAAACUUCAGUUAUGGUUUUAAUUAUCGAAUUUUUAUCCAGAUCUACACUAUAUUUUACUUCUUUAUUAAAAAAAGUCCCUAAUCUGUAAAUAUCUGUAGUGAUCUUGAUUACUUAGGUCAUAUUUUUGUUUAAUCUCCUGGAAACUCAUAAAAUUCCCAUCUUUAAUUAGUGUACACAUUGCUGUUAAUCCAGUAGGAAUCCACUGUUUAAAUCUUUGGUCCAUAGAACCGGGUGUAAAACCCUUAUCAUAGGCUAUCCAUCGGAUUAAUCCAAGCUCAUUUUCUAGUUUGUAUUUUCGUAUCAGGUUAAACCAUAUUUUAAGCGUAAACUGAGUGACUGAAUUCAGCUGUUUAAUUACUCUUAUUGUUUCUUUUCUGUCUCCUAUAAGGCUUUGAAUUUUUCUUCCUUGUACUGAUUUUUCUAAAUUCUUCCAUUUGGCUUCAUAAUCAUUGUCACACCAACAAAUGAUGUACCUGAUUUGUGCAGCAUAAAAGUAUGCCUCAAGAUUUGGGAGUGCCAAACCCCCCUUAUCCUUUCUUAUCUGUAGUGUUUCAAAUUUAAUUCUCGGUCUAUGACCAUUCCAUAUAAACUUGGAUAUAAUUUUGUCCCAUAAUCUAAAUUGUUUUUCAGGUAUAUCAACGGGUAGUGACUGAAAAAAGUAGAGAAGUCGGGGUAAGACACAUACUUUUAUCGUCUCUAUUCGAGCGCCAAUAUCUGAUGGAAGAGUAGCCCACCUAUCCAAAUCACUCUUAAUUUCCUUAUCUAAGUUAACGUAGUUAAGUUUAUAUAAGUCCUCAACGUUUUGUGAUAAGGUUACCCCAAGAUAUUUCAUUUUUGUUGCUCUCCAAUUCAAAUUAUAUUUUUGUUUUAUGGUUUUGGAAGGGAGAAAGUUGAAUGUUAAAAUCAGAGUUUUAUUCAAGUUAAGCUUGUAUCCUGAAUAAAAACCAAAUAUCUUGAGUUGCUUAAUUAAUAUGGGAAUACAUAUGUCGGGAUCCUCUAAAAAACAGAUCACAUCAUCUGCAAAAAAGUCCUAUAAUAUGUUCCUCAUCCCCCACCACUAUUCCUUUAAGAUUUCUAUUUUGCCUAAUUGCUUGUGCAAGGGGUUCUAUACAGAUUGUGUAUUAUUAAACAAGUUCACACAAGUGGCGUUAUCAGGUGUGAAUGGUCACUUUUCUUUUCAAAGCUAGAAUGAACUUCAUGGAUGUAAUGGUUGGAUAACAUUGUAUCUCCACUAAAAUAAAAAAAUAAAUAGUGAAAGUCUUUAAUGAAGUUUUUUGUGUGUCUGCAGUCUGUCAGGCUGUCUGAUCACAGAGGAAGGCUUUACUUCUCUGGCCUCAGCUCUGAGCUCCAACCCCUCCCAUUUGACAGUGCUGGACCUGAGCUACAAUCAUCCAGGACACUCAGGAAUGAAGCUGCUGGAACUGAAGGAUCCACGCUGGAAACUGGACACUCUCACGGUGGAGCCUGCUGGAACCCAAUGGUUAAAACCAGGCCUGAGGAAGUAUUCCUGUCAACUCACAAUCGACACAAACACAGUACACCCAAACCUCAAACUGUCUGACAACAACAGGAAGGUGACACGUGUGGACGAGGUUCAGUCAUAUCCUGAUCAUCCAGACAGAUUUGAUGUUUGUUAUCAGCUGCUGUGUAGAAAUGGCCUGACUGGUCGCUGUUACUGGGAGGUCGAGUGGAGAAGAAGGGUUGAGAUAGCAGUGAGUUACAGAGGAAUUGAAAGGAAAGGAGAUGGUGAUGACUGUGUGUCUGGAGAAAAUGAUAAAUCCUGGAGUCUGAGGUGCUCUGAUAAUGGGUCUCAUUCUGUCUGGCACAAUAGCAGCAAAGUAUCCUCUGCCUCCUCCUCCUCCUCCUCUGUCUCUAACAGAGUAGCAGUGUAUGUGGACUGUCCUGCUGGCACUCUGUCCUUCUACAUACUCUCCUCAGACACUCUGAUCCACAUCCACACCUUCAACACCACAUUCACUGAACCUCUUUAUCCUGGAUUUUGGUUCAGGUCUUCUGGUGCCUCAGUGUGUCUGUGCUGAGUUAAAUGUAAAGAGUGUCCUCCUGUUAGGGAAACACUCUGGCUGUUCAAGAGAUAGUUCAGUCUGUACAUGUCUGUCUCUUUCAUUCAGAAACAUGAUUUCAGAUUCAUGGAUUCAAUCCGUUCAUGUUUUAAACUGUUCUAAAUGAUUCCUUGUAAACUUCUUCCUCUUCGGUCCUUUAAAGAUGGAAGCUACCAUUAUUCCUUUGAAUGGAAAAAGCUACCAUUUUGUCUUUUUCCAUUCAAAGUUUCACAGUAAGUAAGUAAAAUGUAUUUAUGUAGCUCUUUUCACAGAGGAUAUCAGUAUGUUGUGUAUUUCUGAAGCUCAGUUCACAACCACAACUCCUCUGUAUUAUAAACAAAACUGAACUCAUUAAAAUGCAUCCAAGUGUUUGAUUUCUCUUUCUUAAUGGCAUUUUACCAUCAUGACUGAAUAAGCAGACAUCCAAACGUUCUCAGUGUAUAAAAUAUUAAAGACA